AUGGAGUAUUUCAUGGAGCUUUUUACUUCAAAAGGAGUUAGUACUUCUACCCAUAUAUUGGAAAGGAAGGUGCUAAAUUGUUGUAUUGAUGAGGCGCAAAGCGCUUUUGUUCCUGGUAGGCUAAUCAUAGAUAAUAUAUUACUUGCUUACGGAAUUUUGGAGGUUUUCAAAAGGAAAAGAUAUGGUAUGAAGGGGCAGUUCACCCUCAAGCCUGAUAUGAGUAUGGCAUACGACAGGGUGGAAUGGGACUUCUUAAAGAAGAUGCUCUUGAAUAUGGGCUGUGCAGCGAGUUGGGUGGACUUUAUUUAUCACUGUGUUAGUACAGUGUCUUAUUCUUUAAUUCUUAAUGGAGAGGCAAGGAGUAAGCUCUACCCAGGGUGGGGACUUAGAUAG